AUGGAGGGAAGAUUUUCAACCAGGGUAAAAGAUUUUGCGGGAUACACUUCUUUGCAUGGUCUAGGAAGAAUAUCGGAUUCCAAGCAGAUUAUUCAGAAAAUAAUAUGGAUAUGUCUUACUUUGGCAGCCUUUGGGAUGUGCGUGUUCCAGGUUUACAGACUUGGUAAUCAAUUUCUAAAUUUUCAAGUCAACACCAAAAUCAUAAUGACACAGGAGAAGCAACGAUUCCCAGAGGUUACUUUCUGUAAUUUAAACCCUGUUAAGUUUUCACGCCUUGUGAAUGAGUCGUCUUUGUUUCAAAUAAUAGAUAAAUUAUCUAGUUACUACAACAUCAGCCUGGACGAGUUUGAAACGCCCUUUGAACAUUCGUUAAUGACAAUUGAGACAGAAACCUAUAAGUCUAUCAAGCAAGUCAAGAUUUUCCUAGGGUUAGAAAUGAUUCUGAAUGUUGAACAGAGUGAAUAUGUGCCAUUUUUAACACAAUCGGCUGGCGUCAUAUAUGAAAUACACGACCCAGACUUCUUUGAUGACCUUUCAAUCAAUGGAAAGAGUUUACCAAUCGGACACGAGGUGAACAUCGGAAUUAAAAAGAAGAAACGCAUAAGACUAUCCGGACCAACAGGGAAGUGUGACGAAGAAAACAUGUUUAUAAACCUACUGAGCUGUCUAAGUAACUGUGGAGACAACAUAGUUGAGGCUUAUUGUCAAUGUCAGGUUCCAGGUCGUUACGGCGCAAAAGAUGAAUGGGGAGAUCCACUUCACUCUUGUCUGGAUAUAUAUGAUAUUGAAUGCAUCGAGUCAAUACGUGCCUCACUGGAACCGGAAACCGAAUGUCCAUAUUGCAAAAUGCCAUGCACCUCCGUAACUUAUGACCAGUCCGUGUCAAUGACCACCUGGCCAUCUGGAAACUUUGAACCUAUCUUAGAAAAGCUGACGAAAGGAAAACUUGAGUCUCAAAAUGCAAAGGACGAUCUGUUGUCCAUGCGCGUGUUUUUCUCAACAAUGUUGAUGGAAACUACGGAAGAAGAAAGGGCGUAUACAGAUGAGAACUUUGUCAGUGACAUUGGCGGACAGCUCGCUUCUUCUUCUGCUUCCUUUUUACCUUAA